CAGGAGAGACCGUUGUAUGGAGAGCCACAUACUUCUACCCUUCUUUGAGUUUGUGAUAUACAACGAAUUGUCAAAUCAAAUCCUUCCUCCAGUUAUCUUUCUUUCUCGUAAUAUUACUGAUUUGUAUUUUUGAGCGCAGAUCUGCGGUAUCCAGCGAUCCUCGAGUCUGUCACCCCGCUGCGGUCCUCGCGCGCACUCGCGCCUAUAGCUAAAGCCGUGAAUUUUUCAAAAGCACUACCAGGACUGCCAAACUGUUUGGACAGGUGGACAGCUUCUUCUCGUCCCGUGCAAACAUGGAAGGGGACGUUAUGGAUAAACUGGAGGACAUGGCCUCAGUGUGCGAGUUCGACCCCAUCACGGGGAGUAUCCCAGCCACCAAAGUGGAGAUCACAGUUUCAUGCAGAAACCUGUUAGACCGAGACACAUUCUCCAAAUCUGAUCCUUUGUGCAUCCUUUACACUCAGGGAGUGGAGUCGAAGCAAUGGCGUGAGUUUGGAAGAACAGAAGUCAUCGACAACACUCUGAACCCAGAUUUUGUAAGAAAGUACAUCCUGGACUAUUUCUUUGAGGAGAAGCAGACUCUUCGCUUUGACAUAUUUGAUAUCGACUCCAAAAGUCCAGAUCUGACCAAACAUCCCUCCGAAUCCAACGACUUCCUGGGUCAGACCUUCUGCACUCUGGGUGAAAUAGUGGGUUCGCCAGGCAGUCGUCUGGAAAAGCCUUUGGGUGGUAUACCUGGGAAGAACUGUGGUAAAAUUAUUCUCACUGCGGAGGAACUAGGAAACUGUAGGGACUGUGCAACAAUGCAAUUCUGUGCACAUAAACUGGAUAAGAAAGACUUCUUUGGCCGCUCUGAUCCGUUCAUGGUUUUCUACAGAAGUAAUGAAGAUGGAACGUUUACUAUCUGCCAUAAAACAGAGGUAGUAAAAAAUACGCUGAACCCUGUGUGGCAACCAAUCACCAUUCCUGUCAGAGCACUCUGCAAUGGAGACUAUGAAAGGUCGAUUAAAGUCGAGGUAUAUGACUGGGACAGAGAUGGCAGUCAUGAUUUCAUUGGCGAGUUCACUACCAGCUACAGAGAGCUUUCACGCGGUCAGAGUCAGUUCAAUGUAUAUGAGGUGGUGAACUCCAAAAAGAAACUAAAAAAGAGGAGAUACAUCAACUCGGGGACUGUGACAUUGCUUUCGUUCAGUGUGGAGGCUGAACACACAUUCCUGGACUACAUUAAAGCAGGCACACAGAUCCAUUUCACAGUGGCCAUUGAUUUCACUGCUUCCAAUGGGAACCCUUCACAGUCCACCUCUCUGCACUACAUGAACCCCUAUCAGAUGAACGCGUACGCCAUGGCGUUGAAGGCCGUUGGAGAGAUCAUUCAGGACUAUGAUAGCGAUAAGAUGUUUCCCGCAUUGGGCUUCGGAGCCAAACUUCCUCCUGAUGGCAGGGUUUCCCAUGAAUUUCCCCUGAAUGGCAAUGUAGAUAAUCCGUACUGCAAUGGGAUGGAGGGCAUCCUUGAGGCUUAUCACCAGAGUCUGAAGACCGUCCAGCUAUACGGACCCACCAAUUUUGCUCCUGUUAUAAACCAUGUAGCAAGGUAUGCUGCUGCUGUACAGGAUGGCUCUCAAUACUUUGUGCUCCUCAUCAUCACAGACGGUGUGAUAUCAGACAUGGCUCAUACCAAAGAAGCCAUUGUCAAUGCGGCUAUGCUACCCAUGUCCAUCAUUAUUGUUGGAGUUGGCCAGGCGGAGUUUGAUGCCAUGGUCGAACUGGAUGGUGAUGACGUAAGAGUAUCGUCCAGGGGAAAGCUGGCGGAAAGGGACAUAGUACAGUUUGUACCAUUCAGAGACUACAUGGACCGGACGGGUAACCAUGUUCUGAGCAUGGCACGACUCGCCAAGGAUGUCCUGGCUGAGAUCCCGGAUCAGUUAAUCUUAUACAUGAAAUCAAGGGGCAUCAAACCCAACCAGACACCACCGGACUACAGCCCUCCUGUCCUUAGCCCAUCACCCACCAUAUGAGUUUAUCCUGUCUGCUCCAGACUGCAAAAUACAAGGAAAAACUGCUUAUGUUACCUUCAAUUUGGAUCUUUUACAAAGACAACACAACUAAUUUGGUACGAGUUUACCGGCUGAAGAGGGGAUGGUUCGGAAUUUGCACACUGAAGAAAUGAAAAACUUUAUAUAUCUGUGUUCUGGCAUUUUGACAGAAAAAUAUGAUGUCAAUAGGCGUUUUUCUCAAAAUUUGCCAACAUUAUAAAGAGAUUUAUACUUGUUAAUUUUAUGUAAUCUACUGUAAUUCAGAUCAAGUGUGAAUGGGGAAGAUCAUUAUAAACAAACACCAAUUCUAAGAUCAUUUAGCAUCUGCAACUAAACUAAAGGUAGUUUUUGUGUGUCGCAUGUCAGGACCAUACAGUAUCUUUAUUAAGAGAGUGUUAUAUAAGAGAUUGUAAUAAUUUCUAUGUAAGUAUUUUAUAGUCAUUAAAGUGAGGUAAAGAUUAUUAGAAAUACUAUAAGUAUAAUAAAAAUAAGUCAUCUUAAGUGCUUGCUUGAAAAAUAGUAUCUGUAUAGGUGAUCCAUCAUGUAGUGAUCUGGUUUGGUUUUAGAAAUUGUAGAUAGUUUGUGUUAAGGUGUUUUAUUUUUCCACAGGGAUUUUUUUUAUUAUUUUUUAGUACAAAAAGAAUUCCCAUUGCAGUUUCCCAUUUAUAGCUUUUUACAUCUGUGCUUAGAUUUUCUAUUGUAAAGCAAAAAAUCCAGGGUAAACCUAUUGUACAUUACAUUACUACAUUGUAUUAAUUGUACUUGCAUAUUAUAGGUAAAAUCGCUUGAGGAGAAAAAGUUAAAGCCGUUUACAAAAAUUUUUUUUUUUGGACAUGAGUCUAAAGAGAAGCACAAAUAUUUUCUUAAUGCUGUAAAAUUUGUAAACCAUAUGAAUCAGACACUGUACACUUUCAGCUCUCAAAAACCAUUGGGAUUUGUAAAUACAAUAAUAGAGCCCUCAAUUCCUUAACACUCUGGAGCCAGUAUACAGUAUCUAAAUAUUUCACAGCAGAUCUUCAGACACUCAAAACCCAUCAGGGAGAUGGUGGGAAAGGCCUUGCAGCUAACUGGCAUAGAUGAGAUGAGAUGAGACAGACUGUUGUUUUUUCUUAAAGCACCAACUGAAGUGCUACAAGUGACUCACCUGAUGCCCAUGUCCAGCCAUGCUGAACCUUUAGCUACUCAUUCUCUGGAUUCUUGCUGACUUUUAAACACAUUUUUAAUUAUUUACUAUGACAGGGUUUCAAAAGAUAUAACUCUAACAGUGUGCAAAAAAAUAAUGCAAUUUAAAAAAAAUCUAGCUUUGGAUAAUCAUACAAGCAUCAAUACAGCCUAUUAGGUUUACUGGCUUUAUGUAUGUUUACUUAAAGAAUUGUUUACCUUUGGUGAUUACUACUGUAUGGUUAACAAGGAUAAAUUAGCAAACGUUUCCAUAACGUCUUAUUUAAACUUAAAGAAAAACACAAUUUUUCAAUAUUUUACUAUG